GUGAGCGCAGGACGCAGUCAUAAAUCAUAAUAAUAUAUCCUAUUGUGAGUUGUAAGGACUGUUGUGUGCCACACAAAGAUAGUUUAAAGCUCAUAUUUGUAUACACUCCUGUCAUAAGCAAAUUUGAAUUCAGCUCAGAGAAAAACUUGUAAAGUCAAACAAGAAUUUGAAUUGAAACAAUGAUGCUGAUGCAAAAACUAGCUCAACCUGCGCUUAGGCAGACGGUGAGAAUGUCCAGUUCACUGGCUGACUAUGCCCAGUACAAGACCCUGAAUGUAACUCAGCCAUCAGAGUAUGUUGUUCACGUGGAAAUGAAUCGUCCAGAAAAGCUCAAUGCCCUCAACAAGGAAAUGUGGAAGGACCUGGGCGUGUGCUUCCAGCAGCUGCACGAGGACCCGGCGUGCCGCGCCGUGGUGCUCAGCGGCGCCGGCCGCCUCUUCUGCGCCGGUAUCGACCUCUCCGACCUGGCAGCGCUCGGCGGCCUGGCCAUGGGCGACGGAGACGCCGCCAGGAAGGCGUUCCAGAUGCACCCCAUCAUCAAACGCUUCCAGGACUGGAUCACCGACCUGGAACGG